CGCGUUCAAAAUCCGUUGCCCUUUAUUCCGUUUAUCCGCCCCUCGCUGCUUUUCUUCCCUUUCCCAGAGAUCAAUCCAAAACUCAUAUCAUCUUUGCUUUUCUGAGAAAGGAGAAGAAGAACACAACACCAACACCAACACCAACAUGGGGCUGCUCUCCAACAGGGUGGCUAAGGGAAGCCUUAAACCAGGGGAUCAUAUCUACUCUUGGAGGACUGCUUAUAUCUAUGCCCAUCAUGGCAUCUAUAUCGGGGAUGACAAAGUCAUUCAUUUCACCAGGCGUGGCCAAGAAGUAGGAACUGGGACGGUACUGGAUCUUCUCUUGGUUAGCUCAGGACCAGCUCAACCUCGACAGCCCUGUGAAGUCUGCACUCCACGAGAUGAGAACUGUGGGGUUCUUUGCUCAUGCUUAAACUGCUUUCUUGCAGGAGGUGUAUUGUAUCGUUUUGAAUAUUCUGUCAACCCUGCCCUAUUUUUGGCUAAAGCACGGGGAGGGACGUGCACUCUUGCUGUGUCGGACUCGGAUGAUAUUGUGGUUCAUCGAGCAAAAUACCUGCUUGAACAUGGUUUUGGUUGCUACUGUAUAUUUAAGAACAAUUGUGAAGACUUCGCUAUCUAUUGCAAAACCGGGCUGCUUGUUAUGGAUCAAAGAACACUUGGGCAAAGUGGUCAAGCAGCAUCUAUAAUAGGGGGGCCUCUAGCCGCCGUGUUAGCAACACCAUUGCGUCUUGUCACCACCAACCUUUAUGGCAUGGUUGCAGUAGGUAUUGGAGUAUACUGUGCUAGUAGGUACAGUGCUGACAUUGGCAAGAGGAUGGAUGUAGUGAAGGUAUCUGUGGAGGAUAUGACAACGAGACUUGCAGCUGGCUCGCUCCGCGUGGUGGAAACCCAAAUCUCAGCUCCCUUGCUCCAAGCGCCUGAAUCUGAAAUCGCAGCUUCCUUGAUCCAGGUGCCAGAGUCCCGAAUCUCUGCGGCCCCAACAACAGGUCCUUCCAACCUUUUCUUCUGGUCAAGAAGUAUAUCCAACCUUGUCAGUCGGUAGUUGGUUUGCUCAAGUGUUUAUUUAUGGUGUUGGGUUGAUUAUCUAUUUGCAAUGUCAUCUGCUUAAUGGAUUGAUUUGUUGUGCGUGUACCAAAGUGGCCUUUAGUCUGGACCGAUCAACUAAUUUGCUGUGUGUGAGACUGAAAUAUAAGACUGCUUUUAUCUA